CUAUUGGUCAGUAGAACUAGGAAUGAUCAGUGGUUGUAGAACACAUGAGACUGAUGUUUGUUCUCUCUCCAGAAACCAGCCCCAGCCAAGACUGAACCCAAGGCCAAGAAGGAGAAACCAGCAAAGAAAGAGAAGGCUGUGAACGACAAGAAGGAGGAGAAGAAAACUAAGAAGGCAGCAGCGAAGGAGAACGCAGAGGCCGCUGAGGAGAACCACUCUGAGAACGGAGACGCCAAGACCAACCAGAUGGACGAUGCUCCCGAGGCGGAGAAGGAGGAAGCCAAGUCUGAGUAGCAACACUGCCGACCCCUGACCCCAACCCCCAGCCUGCCCCAGUGUUCGUGGUCCCCCUCCAAGGCAUAUUGUUAACAGAGGAAUAUUUUUAUCAGUGAUUUUAUAAGUAUACUAUCUACUAUCCGUACAGAUUUUUAGCACAAAGCAAAGCUGAGUAAUACAAUACAGAUCUGCAGUGGUCAUAUCAACAACGUGUCUGUAGGCAAGAGGAACACACUAAAAUCUUUUUUAAUUAAACAGCAUUUCAUGAUUGUGUAGGAAGCAAAGCGUGUCCCGUCCCAUAGUGAGUUGUGUUCCUGUGCCCCCCUCCUCCACAGUCUCCUAGGGUUCUACCUUAGUCCUGGUUUAUUAACGGUUCUCCCUGACGUUCCCUUGCUUUGUCUAAAUGUUCCUGUUUUUACAUGAAACAUGUUCUAAGUGUGUUGUCCAAUAAGAAAGAGGAAGAGGAUCAUGAGAAACAUUCUGGACAGAUUGACAUGCGUGUGUCUCCUAGGCGACCCUGUAACAGUGACAUGCGUGUCUCCUAGGCGACCCUGUAACAGUGACAUGCGUGUGUCUCCUAGGCGACCCUGUAACAGUGACAUGCGUGUCUCCCAUGCGUGUCUCCUAGGCGACCCUGUAACAGUGACAUGCGUGUCUCCUAGGCGACCCUGUAACAGUGACAUGCGUGUGUCUCCUAGGCGACCCUGUAACAGUGACAUGCGUGUGUCUCCUAGGCGACCCUGUAACAGUGACAUGCGUGUGUCUCCUAGGCGACCAUGUAACAGUGACAUGCGUGUGUCUCCUAGGCGACCAUGUAACAGUGACAUGCGUGUGUCUCCUAGGCGACCCUGUAACAGUGACAUGCGUGUCUCCUAGGCGACCCUGUAACAGUGACAUGCGUGUCUCCUAGGCGACCCUGUAACAGUGACAUGCGUGUGUCUCCUAGGCGACCCUGUAACAGUGACAUGCGUGUCUCCUAGGCGACCCUGUAACAGUGACAUGCGUGUCUCCUAGGCGACCCUGUAACAGUGACAUGCGUGUGUCUCCUAGGCGACCCUGUAACAGUGACAUGCGUGUGUCUCCUAGGCGACCCUGUAACAGUGACAUGCGUGUGUCUCCUAGGCGACCCUGUAACAGUGACAUGCGUGUCUCCUAGGCGACCAUGUAACAGUGACAUGCGUGUGUCUCCUAGGCGACCCUGUAACAGUGACAUGCGUGUGUCUCCUAGGCGACCCUGUAACAGUGACAUGCGUGUGUCUCCUAGGCGACCACAGCAGUAGUGUGUGACAGCUCUCCAUCUUGCUGGUUUUCUAAACACAUGUUUUUUUUUAGAUGAGCAGUUCUCUGACGUGUCCCUCUGAUGUUCUGGAAUUAUCCAAUAAAACAAGUCCUGUGAAUUUUCCUCAAAA